AUGUCAGAACCUAAAGACUUUGUUAGAGGACGUUCAGUGUCAUCAUCCUCCACUUCCACGAAACCCUACAACAACAAGAGAUCAUUCGAUGAUUCAAACAACAAGAGUUCAAGAGGUCGUGGUGGUGGUGCGCCACACAAGAUGCAGAGAUACUCCUCACAGCAGCCAAGGACAAAUAAGAACUAUGGCGCCGUGAAGAAGGAGAAGAAUGAUGAUGGCAAGGUCAAGAAAGAGAAGAAGAAGAGCGAGCAGGAUGAUGUUGAUAUGCCAGACGAUGAAAGUGAUGCUGAUGAUGCACAGGAUGACGACAACGACAUCAUGGGUGACGAUGACAAUCUGUUGCCGGACGACUAUCGUCUGCUGAAACAGAAGAAGUCAAAGAUGUUCUCUUCUGGCUCCACUGCCACCUCUGCCGACGGCGACAACGAAGACAACGAAGAGACCGAGGGCAAACCCGGCCAAAAGCCAACACUCAAACUCUCCAAGAAGCAAGAGAUGGAUGCCAAGAAGAUGCUUCCCUUCAUCAAGACCAAGCUCAAUCGAUUUGCUCAACGUCUGAUGUUGAAGGACUUCUACACAGGAAUGGUCGUGUUGGGUAGCUUUGAGAGUAUCUCCAACAUGGAUUUGACGUUCAGCUUGCCGUUUGGAGCCAAAGGCUUCGUCAAGUUCAAUGAGAUAUCGGACGAGUUCACAAAGAUUCAAGAGGCAAUCAUGAAGGACGAUAAGAACUAUCGUUCAAACUUUGCAAAGUUUGACGCAAUCUCUGAGCGCAUCAAGGCCAUGUUCAUGGUGGGCCAGAUGAUCAAGAUCGGUGUGAUUGGUCUGACUGAUCACGCCACCUCACCCGGUCUGCAUUGUACAUUAAGACCGGAGAUCGUCAACGUUGGCUCGAGCACGGCCACCUUUGCCGAGGGCAUGACCAUCUACGGCUCGGUCAAGUCCGUCGAGGACAAGGGAUACGUCAUUUCGUUUGGCAAGGACGUCUCGGCCACAGGCUUCCUCGAGCGCAGCAACACAAGAUACUACUGGCCAGUGCAGGGCGUCAGCUUCAACGAGCAGGAGUGCCGUCUGUCGGUUGGACAGCCGGUGGAAGCCGUCAUCACCAGCAUCGAUGAGAGCACCAACGUGUUCAAACUCAACGCCAGUCACCCACUGUUGACAAGAUCCACCGUGGACAACAGCAACGUCAUCACAAUGGACUCGAUCAAGGCCGGUAUGAUGGUGGACACCAAGGUCUUGAGGGUCUACCCCAACGGUCUGACCGUCACCUUCCUGGACUACUUUGCCGGUGACAUCUUCAUGCUUCAUCUGGAGAAGCCACUUGCCGACUACAAAGAGUCAAUGAAUCUCAAGGCACGUGUAUUAUAUGUGGACCAGAUUGAGAAGAGGAUUGGCCUGUCAUGUCAGUCACAUGUGUUGGGUCUCAAGCCAUACCCAUUCGGCCACGUCAAGGUCGGAGACAUUAUCAAAGCUAAGGACACAGUAGUCGAGCGUGUUGAUCAACUGGAGAUGGUGAUCUCACUACAGACAUCCGAUCAGAAGAAGAUUAAAGCCUAUAUGCACACACAGCAGGGCGACGACAUCACCAACCUGAAGAGCAGAUACCAGGUUGGCAACACUCUGGCAAACGAUUGCCGUGUGAAGCAUAUCGAUCACGUCGAUGGCAUGCUCACCGUCACCACCAAGAAGGGCGAGUUGUCCAAGGGCCUCUUCUCCUACUUUGACAUUACACCAGCCAUGAUAUUAAGUGGCACAAUCAAGAUUAUAAGAAAGGACUCGAUUGAGGUCAUUGUUGGACCUUCAAUAUAUGGAGUGGUGCCAUUGCACAACAUUGGAGAGACUAUACUCUCUGACCCCAAUAAGAAGUUCAAGGUUGGACAGACGGUCAAGUGCCGUGUGUUGGCCUGCCAGCCACAACAGCGUCGUCUGCAGCUCACACUCAAGAACUCACUGAUCCAGUCCACUCUGCCACCAUUCACCCAAUACGACAUGAUUAAGCGAGGCGAUAUCUCGCAUGGCUACAUCACCAACAUCAGAGACAACAACAUCGUCUUUGUAUCGUUCUACGAGAAGUGCUUUGGCAUCAUCCAGAAGAGGAAUCUGUCCAGGUCACCCGUCAGCUUGAUAGAGAACAGCUUCAGAAUUGGUCAGGUGGUCACUGCACGUGUCCUUGGAAUGAACAAGGUAUCACUCGAUCUCACCCUGGUACUCGACGAUCCAGUGUUUGAUGACCUGCAGAUCAAGGAGGAGCCAGUUGAGGAGGAGAACACAGUCGAUGUCAAGGAGGAGAAGGAGGAUAGCGAAGACGAUGACGAAGAGGAAGAAGAUAUAGAAAUCAAAGAAGAGUCAAGUGAUAGCGAAGAGGCUGAGGUCAAAGAAGAGUCAAGCGAUAGUGACGACGAGGUUGAAGUCAAGCAAGAGUCAUCAUCAGAGGAGGAGGAAGAGGAAAAGGUCGUCGCCAAGUCACCUGCUGGAAGAGGCAGAGGCGGAGCAAGAGGAGGAAGAGGAGGCAGAGGCAAGCCACUUCCAUCCAAGAGCAAAUAA